AUGUUGGAAGAAACCAGAAUGGACAAGAAAUCUUCAAAUCGUACUACUUUACAACAGUCGAGGGCAUCAGCCAUCGACUGUAAAAAAAACACGGAACUAACCCACAAACCUUGGCCAAGAAAUAAUAAGAAACGUGAAGGACCAGGAGCUACUCUUAAAAAUGACCCUUACCGGAAGAAUGUUCAAUCACAAAGAGGGAGAGGUCAAAUGGAUAAAAGACCAUGUGCUCGUGGUACCAAUUUCAUUGUGGGUGGAACGCAGAACACCAGGCUAGAAGAUGAAGAAGGACCUGAAAUAGGUUCAGUGUUUAUACCUGGGAGUAGAAAACAAAACUUGAACCAUUUGCUUAACUUCAAGUACCCUUCAAGGAGCGGUACUGAUGUCAGAAGUGUAGCACCACGUCGGCAAGCCCAACAUGUCUCUUAUAGACAUGAACAUGACCUCUAUCUGAGGGCUUACUGCCAAUUUGUGGUCAAGGAAGAUGGUGACUAUAAGGUGAAUUUAAUGGAUCCCGACUUGCCUUUGAAGUGGGAACAAAUUGAGGAAAUUGUAGUGAGAAGCACUGGUAAAUUAGAAUGUCCUAUAUGUCUCGGUACACCUGUUGCCGGCCGUGUGGGUCACUGUGGUCAUGUUUACUGCUGGGCUUGUAUACUUCAUUACAGCAGUACUCAUGAUAAACAGCCCCCACCAUGUCCUGUAUGUGCUAUGGGACUGCAAGUUAGUGAUAUGAAACCAACUCAUAUGGUGCAGUGGGAACAACCAGCUGAAGAGGUAACUAUGCGUCUUGUGAGACGUCUUCGCGGCUCCACUAUUGUUGAAGCAUCACCUCCCAGAGGACAAAUGACAGAGACUUCAGAAACACAUAUAUUGCCAUUGAAAGAUCUUCCCAACUAUCCUUUUGCUAAACUGUUCUCGGCAUCAAAGCAAGAGGUUCUGGACAUUCUGGAAAGAGACAGAAAACAAAUUGAAAUGCAAAUACUAGCUGAGAUUGACACUACCGAAAUAGUUUAUCUGGAACAAGCUUUAGAAAUGCUUAAAUUGAAAGAGAAGGAAAUUUCCUUGCAAUAUGAAGAACGCAAAGAUGAUAACAAAAAUGUUGCUGAAUCUUUAGCGCCAGUGGUGUAUGAAAAACAAACUGUCAAUGAGACAAAACUGGAUUGGUUUGAUGUUACAGACGAGGGAGCAACAUGCUUAACACCCAUAGAAGAUAACUUGGCUUCCUUAGACAUUAAUGUGAAAUCUGAAUUAGACCCAGAAGCUGAUAUUUUCACAUUAGACGUGAAUGAAAAUGCUGAAACUGAACUUGCAAACACUGAAUAUAUGACCGAUGAUCAAUAUAUGAAUGAUGAUUUAAAAUCAUUUGACAAAGAAAAUCAAGCAAAAUAUUUUUAUUUCUAUCAAGCUGAAGAUGGCCAGCAAGUAUUUCUCAACAGUCUCAAUGUUCGUAUACUGAAUGCGUCUUGGGGUGUUCUGGCGGCCGCGCCUAACGUUAUACGUGGCCGUGUUUUACAUCGCGAAACCCUACCUCUAUGUGAACAGACAAGGAAGCAUAUGCCGCACACAGCGCAUUUGCCUCUGCAUUGUUCAUUUGAUAUUGUGGAACUUGAUCUAAAACCACCUUUUGUGACACAGGAAGCACUUUACAACUUUUCAGUUGAAUUAGAGAAACGUGCACGACAGCGGGCCAAAAACCAACGCGAUGAACGUCGUCGUGAAAGGGCGUAUCGCCGAGCUAUGGAGGGUCCACCUAAACCAGAUUUUUCAUCUGAAGUUGUCUUCCCUCCCGCUGCGGCCAGUUACUAUGGAAGUCCUCCGCAAAAUGAAUUCUUAAACUAUGAUCAGAUAUCUCCAUCCACAUCGCAAAUCGAUCAAGCGAGCCCGAAUACUAAUGUAACUUCAUCAUCUGGACUAUCUUUUGCCAAAAUGGCCGGCGCUGGUGGAACAUGGCGCGUCCGUAAGACUACUCCGCCUACACCGACCACACCACCUCCCGAGGAAUCCUCUGGACCACGAACUCUUGUACUCAGCGAUGCCAUCGAGGCAGCCCUACAAGCCACCAGCCCGCAGACAUCCGGCAAGAAGAAGAAAACUAAACAAAAAGUUCUAUUCACCACUGGAAUGCACCGCGCUGCUUAA